AUGGCCGGAAAAGUUUCAGCGAAUUUCUAUUCCGACGACGGAUUUAUCAUCAUUGGCGGAGAAAACGGUGGUUGUCGGGGCCAUUUUGUUAGAUUUGGAUAUGAAGAUAGCAUCGAUGUAAAAUCACUAGUUGAAAAGAUUCUUGCGCAGCUUUAUACUCAAAUAGGUAUGGCAUUGACAAGCAGAUUCUCUAAAAUUUCACUGAGUGUAUUUUUGGGGAAUGCAAUUGAAGAAAACUAUGCAAUUCCUCCAUUGCCUACAAAUCCUACCAUGAAUCAAUUAAAGAUUCACAAGGAAAGAAAGACAAGAAAAUUUAAAGCCAAGGCUUAUUUAUUUUCUGCUGUGUCAAACUCAAUAUAUUCAAGAGUUAUGCAACUGGAGUCCGCAAAAGACAUAUGGGAUUAUCUCAAGCAAGAAUAUCAAGGCGAUGAAAAGACCAAAAAUAUGCAAGCACUCAAUCUAAUUAGAGAGUUUGAAAUGAUGAAGAUGAAGGAGACAGAAAGCAUAAAAAGUUACAGCGAAAAAUUACUCGGCAUUGCGAACAAGGUAAGGUUGCUUGGUAAGAAUUUUCUUGAUGAACGUAUUAUUCAAAAUUUUUUUGUAACUUUGCCUGAAAAGUAUGAGUCUAAAAUUUCUUCAUUAGAAGAAACAAAAGAUUUGUCAACCAUAUCUUUGUCUGAAUUAGUAAAGGCAUUACAAGCUCAAGAGCAAAGAAGAAUCUUGAGAAAUCAAGAAAUUGAACACACAACUGAAGGAGCAUUAAUGGCCAAAACAUCAUGGAAGAAAGAAAAAUCUCAGUGUGGUCAUUGUAAAAAAAAUGGCCAUGAAGAAAAUGAUUGUUGGCACAAAGGCAAGCCUCAAUGUUUCAACUGUAAGAGAUUUGGACAUCUACAACAAUAUUGCAGGUUUAAAAAAGAAGAGUAUGCAAAAAUGGCGGAAGUUGAAGAAGAAACUUUAUUAUAA